AUGAAGGAGCUCAAGCUGAGCCAUUUCGACCGAUGGAUCGUCAGCCUUUGUCAUGACACUGAGGUCAGCAGAUACGCUCAGAAGUUUGUCGAACCCGCUGGCGUCCUGGAGCCUCUGGAGUUCCUUACGGUCCUCGAGCGUCUGGAUGUUGACUCCGACUGUCUUUGGGUACAGCGACACCCAUACGUCAGAAGGUCCAACUACGAGAAGGUCAUGCAUCUCAUCAAGUUGCUCCCCCAGCGACUGCAGGACCUUAAGUUCGACGGGCUCAACGACGAUGACGCAGAUGGCGACGACCCGGAUCCCAGGAUACACUUCGUCAGAGAAGUUGCACUCAAUGACGGCGACGAAAACAUGGAAAACUCUGAAGAACAGUGGGACAGCAUAGACUAUCCCCCUGGGCUUGCCCCGGAGCAACUGCAGACUCUCAAGCAAGCAUUCGCCGAGGUGGGAAUCGCGUUUCACCCUUCUGAGCGCGAUGAGUACGAGAUAGAGAAGCGGAUUCUUCGGCAUUACUUGCAUUCCGACAUUCCGCAAACAGAGUGGUUUUGA